AAGCACAAAGGCGUCUUGUUUUCUUACGUAGAAAGGUAUUUAUUGGUGUUAAAAUAUGAGCGCCAAGGAUAUUCACUACUCCAGCAAAUACUAUGACCAGGAAUACGAAUACAGGCACGUUGUGCUACCCAAGGAAUUGGCUAAGAAUAUCCCAAGGACUCAUUUGAUGACAGAGAGUGAAUGGCGAGCUCUUGGAGUGCAGCAAUCACGGGGAUGGGUUCAUUACAUGAUUCACGAUCCUGAACCACACAUUCUUCUAUUUCGCCGACCAAUUACCGAAGAUACAAAAUAAUUCCAUCACCUACAACUUCCCGCCAUGGGAUCAAUAAGUUUUCUAUUCAUCUGUCUUCUACAUUGUUAAGGAAUCUCUCUCCAUGAGUAGUUGUUAGGAAGAUCCUGAGGUGCCUGGAUGUACCCCAGGAGUGAGAUGUUUUGGAUUUAUCAUAGCUCGGAUCAAUCAAAAAAUGAAUUAAUGUAUUUUUUUAAUUAAAACAAUAGCGUUUA